AGGCCGUGGAGAAAGACUGCGAUAAGAUAAGCCAAAAGGGUACAUAAAAUAGAUUCAAGAACGGGAGCUUCUGAGCAAAGAAUUCAACCAUAUACGGCUAAACAAGCCCACGAAAGAAAGCCACGAAUGAUGAAUGAAUGAUCUGCCCACAUGCUUCUCUACCCAGGAAUGUAUAAAAUUUGAAAGAAGGUGAAAUGCGUUGCGUGUGACACUACGAUACCAUCAAAAUCAACGCUAUUUAAUCAGCUGCAUCGAGCACUAGAGAAAAGGAGGGAGAGAGAUGGCUAAUUUUUGUGUAACAGGAGGAACUGGGUUCAUAGCGGCUUACCUGGUUAAGCGUUUGCUGGAAGAUGGUCACUUCGUACGAACCACAGUCCGAGACCCAGGGGAUGUUGAGAAAGUUGGUUUUCUUUGGGAGUUGAGUGGAGCCAAGGAGAGACUGAAGAUUAUGAAAGCUGAUCUGAUGGUGGAAGAAAGUUUCGAUGAGGCUGUUCAAGGCGUUGAUGGGGUCUUCCACACUGCCUCUCCAGUUCUUGUGCCAUAUGAUGAGAACAUUAAGGCAACUUUGAUUGAUCCUUGUAUAAAUGGAACGUUGAAUGUGCUGAGAUCAUGCUCAAAAUCUAGCAGUCUGAAAAGGGUUGUGUUGACCUCUUCCUGCUCUUCCAUAAGAUACCGAGAUGAUGUCCAACAAGUUUCUCCUCUUAAUGAGUCUCACUGGAGUGAUCCUGAAUACUGCAAACGCUACAAUCUGUGGUAUGCAUAUGCAAAAACAGAAGCAGAGAAAGAGGCAUGGAAAUUAGCAAAGGAAAAUGGAAUAGACCUAGUGGCGGUGAACCCAUCUUUUGUGGUUGGUCCCUUGCUUGCUUGGCAGCCAACCAGCACACUGCACAUGAUACUGUCCGUAGUUAAAGGUUUAUGUGGGGAAUACCCAAACACGACAGUGGGGUUUGUCCACAUAGAUGACGUGAUUGCUGCACACAUAUUAGCUAUGGAAGAAAGCAAAGCAUCAGGCAGGCUUGUAUGCUCAAGCUCAGUAGCUCACUGGUCCCAGAUCAUUGACAUGCUCAGGGCCAAAUAUCCAGCCUAUCCAUUUGAAAGCAAGUGUAGCAGCAGCGAAGGAGAUAACCACCCACAUAGCAUGGACACCAGCAAAAUUAUUCAGUUGGGGCUCCCUCCCUUCAAAACGCUUGCUCAAAUGUUCGAUGACUGCAUCAAAAGUUUCCAAGACAAAGGUUUUCUGUAAGGUUCAUACGGUCUUCCGCGAACUUCUUCUGGACUAGUGUUAUCCGAAGAUAUUGAGAAUAACGAAACUCUUUCCUGAAAUGGAAAACAAAGAUCCAUGCAUGUGAUGUCCCUAACAUAUGUUUUUGCACCUUUGUUAGUUUUUAUGCUCAAAUUUAUUUUCUCUGCAAGGAAUUUCUUUUUCAAAACCAA